CCCCCCCAUCCUUCACCCGACUUUUGCUCGCCAACCUAGCCUACCCCAAGCGCCCCGUCCUUGCAGCCGACGGUGCUAAUCACAUGCAACACUCAACCUCCUCUAUAGGUUUUGGCAAUCUACUCAACCCAGACACUUCCAACAUACAACAACAUCGCCCGCACACAUCGCCAGUGCCCACUACCACCACCGCCGCUACCUCGGGUAUUCAAGCACAAACCCCGAUGGCGACAGCUGCAGUGAGCCUCAUGGCCCCUCUGCUGCAGAACGCCCAACCUAACCAGGACGACUCACGACAGGAUCUCCCCAGGCCAUACAAAUGCCCACUAUGUGAGAAGGCCUUCCACCGCCUGGAGCACCAGACUCGACAUAUCCGAACGCACACUGGAGAGAAGCCACACGCCUGCACAUUCCCAGGAUGCUCCAAACGUUUCAGCCGUUCAGACGAACUCACUAGACAUUCGCGGAUACACAGCAACCCCAACUCAAGACGCGGCAAUAAGCAACACGCAGCGGCGGCGGCUGCAGCGGCAGCUGCAGCAGGAAUCAUGGAGCCUGGAUCGUCUAUGGCACACAUGAUGCCUCCUCCAUCGAAACCGAUCUCUCGCUCUGCACCUAGUUCAAACUUGGGAUCUCCAAACGUGUCGCCUCCUCAUUCCUUCUCUAAUUACUCACCCAACAUGACGUCCGACUACUCCUCAUACCGGAAUGGAGGCAGCAGCAGUAACGGGAACAGCCCCAACGGGUUAUCCCGCAACAUCGAUCUUCUCGCAGAUGCCGCAUCAAGGCUUGAACAGCGUCACCCAGGGCCCCAGCCAUUUUCACCUGCGAACCGACAUCUGUCUAGCCACGGACAUCCGCACCUGCACCACCCAUACCACAACGGUAGUGCACGACUUCCUGGCCUUUCACAGUAUGCCUACGCCUCUCAGCCAAUGUCCCGGUCCCAUUCACAUGAAGAUGACGACCCAUACGCGCACCGGAUGACAAAGAAAUCAAGGCCCGGCUCUCCGAUGUCCACCGCGCCACCAUCACCAACGUUCUCUCAUGACUCAUGCUCCCCAACUCCCGACCACACACCGCUCGCCACGCCAGCUCACUCUCCACGACUUCGACCGCAUGGAUAUAGCAUCGACGUCCAGCUCCCACAUCUUCGACACCUGUCAUUACACCACGUCCCAGCUCUAGCCCCAAUGGAGCCCUCAACCAAUAUGGAGCAGCCCUACGUUCCGAGCCAGUCGUCCGGUCUCAGAAUUGGAGACAUCAUCUCCAAACCAGACGGGGCACAGCGGAAACUUCCAGUCCCUCAAAUUCCGAAGGUCGCAGUGCAAGAUCUACUGAAUAACAGCAGUGGCUUCUCCUCUGGGAAUUCUUCUAGUGCCGGCUCCCUUGCCGGAAACGAUCUGAUGGACCGCUUUUAGAGCGGCUCUUUAAGCGCGGAACGGAGUUUUGGCAGCAUUGCUUUUAGGUUUCAUGGGUUUGAGCAAGCCAGCGUUGAAUUAUUAUUACCUCGGCACCCUGAUGGUCACGGGAAGAGUACUAA